CCUCCGGUCUAGACAUCGCAUCAUUAGCCGAGCCAGCUAGCUAGCUGUUUAUUUUUUGACAAAAUGUCAACCACGACCGGCGGCGGAGAGUUUGGCAACCCUCUGCGAAAGUUCAAGCUCGUCUUUCUGGGCGAACAGAGUGUUGGGAAGACCUCACUCAUCACCAGGUUUAUGUAUGACAGCUUUGACAACACUUACCAGGCAACAAUUGGCAUUGACUUUUUGUCAAAAACCAUGUACUUAGAAGAUCGAACGGUCCGGCUUCAGCUUUGGGACACUGCUGGACAAGAACGUUUUCGUAGCCUAAUUCCCAGCUACAUCCGUGACUCUACCAUUGCUGUGGUUGUUUAUGACAUCACCAAUCUUAAUUCCUUUCAGCAAACCUCAAAGUGGAUUGACGAUGUUAGAACGGAGAGAGGAAGUGAUGUCAUAAUCAUGCUUGUUGGGAACAAAACAGACUUGGCAGAUAAAAGACAGAUCACCACGGAGGAGGGCGAGCAGAGAGCUAAGGAACUGAAUGUCAUGUUCAUUGAAACCAGCGCAAAGACUGGCUACAAUGUCAAACAGCUGUUUCGCCGUGUUGCUGCUGCAUUGCCAGGGAUGGACAGCACACCAGAGAAAAGCAAAGAGGACAUGAUCGACAUCAAACUGGAGAAACAGCCAGAGAUGACUGUCACCGAGAGCAGCUGCUCAUGCUAGUACACCUCACCCCCCGCCCAGCCUGUCUGCUCCCCACCAACAGCUUGUCUCUCAGUGGCCACUCUCUCCACCCCUGGCACUCUGCCACUGGGAUGGAGGACCUGUUUUGAUUUGUUCAUUCCCUCUUUUCAACUCAGUGACUUUUCAGAGUAACCGUGUGGAUGUGCAUUACUGUAUUGAAACUGAUUAUCUGGGAAAAAAUGGUUUAAAAGUAAAAAUUUAAAACAAGGAAUAAUUUAACUGAUAUGUUCAGAUUUUCAUCCAGUUGCAUGGCAUUAUAUAAGAUUGCAGACUGACAUAGCUAACCGCUCUUGAGUUAUUGCACAAUUUGGAAAGUUAGUGCUGUUACUCGUCAUUGUUGUAAAGUAAACCUGCUUGGGAUUAUUUAAAUGACUUUGUAAGGUUGAGUUUUCAGCCUGUUGUAUUUUGAUUUUUAUUUUUAAAUGAAGAGUUUGCCUAAAACUAAUGUAUCUUGCGGAUAAUGAAUUAUCUCAUAACUUUAUCUUAUUUUGAGUAGAAACAGGAUCUUGCCUGUCAACUUACAUCAUUGUUUACUAUUCUAUUAGCACAUUAAGCUCAGAUGAAGCCUGGUCAUUCAGGAGGGUCAACAGAACCAUUAAUUGCACCACACAUCUGUAAGUUUUAACUGCCAAAAACAACAAUGUGUUAGGCCACAUUGACAGAGUUAGACCACAUUUAAGACAGUGAUGUAAAAGGGAUGCGUAACAAAGGAUGAUCUCCAUAUUCAUCAAAUAGAAACCUUCAUUAGAAUAGCUACUAAACUAAAUAUGUCUGCAUUCUAACUAUAGCAGCUUUCUUUCCAUUGUUGUUCUUAGCUGCACGCAUACUAACACGUCUGAGGACUCUUCAGUUACUAGAUAACCCUAAUGUAUCAUAUAAAAGAGCCAGUGUUUAGUUUUUCCACUCUGAUGGACAGUUGUCCCUUUGGUCGCAGCAACGUACCCACACACCCACCAUCGCAAUGAUAAUUUGUGUUGUGUUGAUUACACUAUUGCAAGAACAUGCAGCAUGCCCACCAUGCAGGAUUUAUAUGGAUAAGAACACAGAUGCCUUGCUUGUUUGUUCACCAACGUUGUGCACUGAAUCAAGCCACAAUAUUGUAAAAUACAAAAGAAGCCUGCUGACUGGUUCAUGGCUUCACUAGUUGUUUUGUAGAGCUGGUAGAUAAGAGUUUGGCCUCAGAUACAGCUGACGCUUACUAACACCCUUGCUGUAAAAAGUGCAGAAACGUUAGUUGCAGUAUCCUUUUGCUGUAUUGCUAUUGCCUGUGUAGAACCGUUGGUUUUAUGUGUAUAUUUAUUUGGAAACGUGGACACAGACACUUGACCAAAAGUUCAGAUGCUGACACAUAUGGUGAGAGUUUUAUUUAUUGUUUGUGUGUCUGCUGGGACAUCGUCUAAAAGGUGGAUGUUAAGGCCUGGUUACAGAUUUUACCCGUCACACCUCAAGAAAUGUUUUGCUGCAGUGUGUGUAGUCAGUAGCCUGGUUUACAGUCACAGAUAAAGACUCGCACGCAGUGUAACACAAACCAACUAACUAGCCACAGCACAACAGAAGACACUUUGCUGUAGCUUGUUUAGAAAUGUCGACGUUUCAAAAUGGACUCAAAGGUUUUAAGUAUGUGAUUACAUUGAACAACAAUUUUAACAUGAGCAGCUCUUCUAUUACUUGUCACUGACUAAAUACUCAGCUUUGUGCUAUUCUGAAUUGUGUCCAUUUGAAGUAUGCUGUCUACUCGUGUUUAGCAACGUUUGUGUGAAUAAUGUACUAUUACUAUCUGAUGUAUAAAAAGGAGAGUUAAUGAAACACAAGUGUAGGUCUAUCACAUGGAAUAAAAUAAAGAUAUUUCACCAACAUGAUAA